AUGUCGGCGGUCCAGGGGGACAUCCGGCCUCAGGCAUCGAUGUGGGACUACGACGGGUUCGUUGAGCUUGCGAAGUUGCUGAAACAGUCGCACAGCGACGUUGGCCAGCAAGAGGCUGCUCUGCAGGUGCUCCUGUACCUGACGCCCAAGCAAAUCAUGUGGGUGUUCGGGGCCCUGUACCGCGCCAGUCCGGCGCAGGCGUGCGAGUUCUUCGCGUGGGGGUCUGCGAUCGCCUCCGCAUUCCUCGUCGGUCCGAGCGUGGUGGAGCAGGGGCCGGUCCACCUGGGCGCGGAGGAGGCGCGCACCGACCUAUACUCCACGGUCAAGAUCCGCAAGUGCAGGUUCCUCACCGAGAGCGGGGACUGCGUGGGCAUGUGCACCAACAUGUGCAAGAUUCCUGCGCAGCGCUUCUUCGCUGAACACGUCGGAGUGCCCGUGUCAAUGGAGCCCAACUUCGAGGACGGGUCGUGCAAGAUGGUCUUUGGCAAAACGCCUCCUGCCGCGGAGGACGACGAGGCGCUGCAAGAGCCCUGCAAGAAGAGCAACUGCUCAGUGUACCAGGAUUUUGUGUUGACAGGAAAAUCGGGCCUGUGUGCUCCGUCCGGGCACCACGAGGUCGGGACACGCGCUGACUAG